CCUGGCCAAAUUUCAACUCAUGAGUAAGGGCACAGCUGCGCGCGCGGUUUGAGCUAUGGCUGGGCGUAUUUGUUGUGCUCUGUGCGAGUUGUCAGACGGCGGUGGGUGAGGCUCUCAAUGCAAGGCUUUGAGGAAUAUUGUCUGUUUGUCGACGGGUUUCGAGUGAAUAUAUAUAUCUUCACUCCUGUCAUUCCGACGUCGCGCCUAUGCAAGUGGCACCCAAACCCCGGCUGACGAGCGCACCACCCGGGCAUAACUUCCUUGUACCUCCUUCGCCAACCUGCAACAUUCCAUUCGAUGAUUGGAAUCAUGCCCGAGCUUUGAUUACAAAGUAUCCCCCUCAAAUCGUCCUCUGGAUCAUUCGGGAAGUGUCGUGUGAACCAAGAGUUGCUUCUCCAUUCUCUGGUUCAGGAAGCUUGUCCUCAAUAUCCUCCGCUCACAUGGGGGCGAGUUCUACUGGCAUAUUCCAAACGUUGCCCAGUACACUGGUUUCUUCCUCCUCCAGCAUGUCUUCGCUUUGCCAAGAUCUCGGUGGUGUCUCUGCUCAUUUUCAUGAAACUGGAGGUAGUGUGAAUGACCUAACUUCUCCAUGUCCGGAGGAGAAGGAACACGCCAUGGAGCCUCGAAAUGCAGCCUCCCUGGAGAUGACUCCUGUUCUGAAGCAAUCGGAAAGCCGAUGGUUCUGCGUAUUUGAUGAGCACAACGGGAAAUCGUUUGGGAGGAGAUCAGAUUGGAGGAAGCACAUGAAUGACUUCCACAAACCAGAUAAAAAGGCAUGGGAAUGCCCUGACUGUCACCAAGUCUUCGAUCAGCUUUGCAACUUCAUUCAACAUCAUUCGGUUCAGCACUGCCAUCGCAAUCGUUGCAAACAUUCCGGUACCGCCACGAAAUUGAGAUAUAGCAAACGAGCUUUUGCUUGCGGGCGUCAAUUUUGUGACCGCUUGCUGCACUCCUGGGAUGAAUGGCGGGACCAUGUUGCUGAGCAUUUGGAAGAUCGCAUGUCUGAAGACGAAUGGCAGUACAACACGCUUUUUCGAAAUUUGUUACGACGGGAAGAAAUACAUUCGCGAUGGGAGAAGUUUGUUUCCGGCCAAGUCGGGAAUUACAACGUUGCUGCACGUUUCAAUUGGCGUGCCAGGAACACCUUGCUGCUCAAGCUGAAGCUGGAGUACUGUGAAACAAUACUUGAAAGCGACUCCGAAAGACUGGUGGAGGACGCCUAUCGGAAUGGCCUUGAGGUUCGAACUGCCCACGAGGUCUUAGAUCCUUCGACACUAAUCACCGAGCCGGGCACUACCCGAAGCCAGGCCGACGUUCUCAGUUACGAUCCUUCUUCACAGCUAUUGCAAAGCGUGGCCAACUUCAAUCCUUGGUUCGAACGCUCCGAAAAGGAACUUCCUGAAGCUCUUAAGGUUUCCCAUUCACAACCGGUUGCAGACGGCGGAUCAGGCAUGACAGGCAACGAUAGCGACUUUGAUCGCAACUCUCAUACCAUGCAGUGCGAAAUGUCCUCUGAGCAUUGGGGCGCUGGUACCUGGUGGAAUGGAUAUGACCUAAGCCACGAGAGUUCUAUCCUGGAUUUCAACCCGAAAUGAAAGUCCUAGGUUGAGACUCAUGAACAACGUCCACUUGUAGAACGCACAGAGACUUCACAUUUUCCUGGGUCUAGAUUAGAGCGCUAGGGUUUUCAACUCCAUAAAUUUGUGUUUUAUUCUACAUUUUUCAUAUAUUUCACUUACCUCCUUUCUACUCUCCAUUUACUGUACAUAGACCUGGAAUCUACACUCAAUUACCACCCC